AUGUACCGUCUCCAUCGACCGGCUGGCGCGCACCGCCAGUACGCCGCUCGCGUUCCCACCGCUGACGACGAUAAGGCUGUCGGCGUGGCAUCUCUCGGGCCCAGCCGCCUCCCGCCUAGUGAUGGGGGCACACGGGGCACGCCGUCUCUCCCUCGCCCUCUCGCCGGCUCUGGGCCGCCUGCACCCUCUCCUCCCCUCCCACGCCGAGGCCAGGGGGAGGGGCACGGUGCUGCUCAACCGCGCCGUGUCCGUGCUCUCGCUCUGGAUCAGUGGCGGACCCCAACGCCCAAAAGCCGAGGACGUGCUAUCUGCCCUGCGCCUGUUAUUCGCCGACCUGCACAGUGA